GUGAAGGAAGGACUUAAAAAGCCCCUGAUGUCACUGCCCUGCCUGACUCUGCUGUGAGGGCAUCGGGCCAACUCUGAGAGGUCCUCCCACUCUCCUCCAACCAGGCAGGCACCCGGCUGCGCACGGAGCUCCUCACCGCCACAGUCUCACCGCCUCCUCCGGACGCAGCAGAGCGCGCGCGGCUCCUCCACCUCCUCAGCGCCCCAUCAGCUGACUCCUCAAAUGGUGAAAAAUGGACUCUUUAAAUCGUAACCUCAACACUCACUUUGAAUCAUGGCUUGGCCCUAGAGAUAAGCGUGUGCAGCAAAUGCUUUUGCUCGACAACUACCUGCCAACCUUUGCACUUACCGUCAUGUACCUUCUGAUCGUGUGGUUGGGGCCCAAGUACAUGAGACACCGGCAGGCCUAUUCCUGCAGAGGUCUCAUGUUGCUCUACAAUCUGGGCGUUACUGUCUUGUCCUUCUACAUGUGCUAUCAGCUGGUUAGCACUUUUUGGAGCGGUGGCUACAACUUUUACUGCCAGAACACGUACAGCAAACCAGAAGCAGAUAUAAAGAUCAUAAAUGCCCUGUGGUGGUACUACUUUUCCAAACUCAUUGAAUUUGCAGACACUUUUUUCUUCAUCCUACGAAAGAACAAUCAUCAGAUCACAUUUCUUCACGUCUACCACCAUGCUAGCAUGCUGAAUAUUUGGUGGUUUGUCAUGAACUGGAUUCCCUGUGGUCACUCAUACUUUGGUGCCUCCCUCAACAGCUUUGUCCACGUCGUGAUGUAUUCUUACUAUGGUCUCUCAUCCAUACCGGCACUCCGGCCUUAUCUGUGGUGGAAGAAGUACAUCACGCAGCUGCAGCUGAUCCAGUUCGUCUUAACCAUAUGGCAGACUGCCUGCGCUGCUGUAUGGCCGUGCGGUUUCCCCAUCAGGUGGCUGUAUUUCCAGAUCAGCUACAUGGGCACUUUUGUCCUACUUUUCUCAAACUUUUAUAUUCAGACGUACAAGAAGCAGAGUGCUUCACGGCAGAAGGAGUUGAAGAACGGCUCUUCUCUGUCGACGAACGGUCACGCAAACGGGACGCCGCUGGCGGAGCGCGCCGCAUCCAAGAAGCUGAGGACAGAUUGACGUUGGAGAAAGCCUCACUCAAGUUUAGCUGUAGCGUGUUAGCUAAUGCUGCUAGGGGGGCGUAGGCGUCUUCUCAUCUAGAAUAGUCAAGAACUUAUUUACAAUAAAACAAACCAUAGCCACACACACGACACAAAUGGAGAUACAAACACAAAUACCACACAUUUGGUUUAAUCAUGUAACCCUUAUAAUUACAGUAGAAUACUAGCGUUGACAAAACAGAAUACACUUUCUUUGCCUUUUUUGCUAAUUUAUGUCAGAACAGAAUGUUUUUUUUUUCAAGAAAAACUCACAUCUACACUCAUUCAUGAUGCUUUACAUAACUAAAGUCCAAAGAUGAACAAUCAGAUGUGUUGACAGAUAAAUGUUUUAUGACAGAUUAGUGUGAGAAUGAAAGAAAGUUCAUGUCACUCCGGCCAGCCUACCUGUGUGUGUGUACAUAGUCCAGACUGAUUGUUCUCUGUGAUACUUUCAUUCAUCUCUACAAAUAAAGAUCUUCAACAGCUUUUUGCAGGUAUCUGAAAUGACAGCUGUUGUGUAAACAUGUAAACAAAACUCAGUUUUGUCAGUAUUACAAAAAUCUGUAUCUCACUUUGUUAUUUUGGCACCUUAUUUAAACUGGUUAUGUCUGUUUUGUUGUGCCGAAUUACAGAGUUUGAAAACACAACUAUGCAGGACAGUUUAUUGUUAAAUAUUACAGUAGAAUUACAUUUGCUGCACCAUUUAGGAUGUAAUUUUUUUCAAUUUCAAAAAAUGACUUCAUGUAUAUUUAAUAAAGGUAAUAGUACAGUUUUA